GAGUUUUGUUUUUCUUCAUAUAUGCCCCUGAAAAGGAUUCACAGCCUCGUACUAUAUUCCUCAUACCUCGGUUUGACACUUGACUUGAUACUUAAGGCACGGUCAACCAUCCCUCAAUGGAUGCCAAUCUUCUCCGUCCAGCUAAGAGUCUAUUGCAUCUCCUAUAAUAUCUCAACCAAGACUAAACCUACCACUCCUCGGCGGACGCGGUACCAAUGAUAGAACAAUUCGGUCUCCUGGUAGCAGGGGUGAUCAUUAUCAUACUUCGCGUAUGUGCCAGGUGGAUACAAGUCGGUCCGGCAAAGUGGCAGCUUGACGACUAUCUCAUGCCUUUGAUAGGUGUAAGUUCCUUAGGUACCUAUGCGAUACGCGGUGAAAGAUACCUCAUAUGAUGGUCGACUAACACGUCAAACCUUUGUGAAUACAGGUUGUCUUUGGAGUUGCGACAGUAAUCGCAUACAAAGUGGUAGUGAAAAUGCAUGGCAUGACGAACGCGAUGGAUGACGAAACGCGCUCGACGAUUGACGCUGCAUCCAAAGAGUACAUGUAUAGACAGUACGGGUCCAAAAUACAAAUCGUAUUAUGGUCCCUGUCCGUCUUCAUGCUUUGGGCGCUUAAAGUCUGCGUUGCCAUCUUCUACUCGCGAUUAACGUCCGGUUUGCCAAACCUUCAGCACCGCGUCCACUUUGCGUACAUACUCUUGGCUGGCACGUACGCCGCUGCGUCGUUAACUAUCUUCUUGUCAUGCCGGCCGAUGUCGAAGUUCUGGCAGAUAACCCCGGACCCAGGGAAUUCCUGCCAGCCAGCUAUCUCGAGGCCCUACGUCCUUGUAGUUGUAAUACCGACGAUAUUCGUUAACAUAUACCUCCUUUUCAUUCCUCUUCCGAUGCUCUGGAAGAUCAAUAUCACCCGGUGGAGAAAAUUUGUCUUGAUUUCUCUGUUUAGCGGUGCGAUCUGGUCUAUGAUGAUGGGUCUAAUCCGCGCCGUAAUUAUUCUGCAGGGCGGCCCCAAUGCUGUUGGUUCGGGUAGCGUAUGGGCGUGUCGUGAGACUUUCGUUGCUAUUGUGGUGACGAACCUGCCGAUAUUACAGCCCCUAUUUCGAGAGUGUAUAAAGAGGCUCCGGUCGAGCAACGCGAUAACUAGCAGAAAUAGCGAACAACUGACUAGUUCCGGUAAACAUCAGAGAUAUCGUCUGACAUACAACAGAGCCUUUUCUCGACCUGCGACGUCUCCACCGAUCACCAACGCCUGGGAUAGUGGCGAGCGAAUCCUAUCCAUCAGCCAUGAUCAAACGCGGGCUAGCACUGUGGCAAAGUUGCCUCCUGAAGAUAUCGUCGUUGAUCAAGAAAUAAUCGUUAUAUCAGAGCCAGCAGCCACGGCUAAACCCCAGUUCCUUAGCCAAGAAGCUCUGGGCUUUGGUAGUGAAAGAUAG